AAACUUUCCUCCAACUGUGGUCGACUUGGAACUCAAUUUUGCUCUAAUUAACAAGAUGACGUACCAAAUAGUCAUCCCGAUGCUUUUACUUACAUCGGUUCACAUGGCUGCCACAAUUCAAACAGUCUCUCAUGUGCAAAAGUGUAGAGGCGUGCAGGAUUUUAGCUACAGGAAAGAGCCAGCGUACGUGAACUGUCCGGAGGAAGAAACCGUAAAUUUUUCCGGAUUAAAAUUAAAAAGAAUUCCGGAGAAUUUUGUAAGUAGCAAGAGUAUAAGGAACGUGUUAUUGGAUCGAAACGAUAUUCGUGCAAUUCCGAGAGACACGUUCAAGAACGUGGCGAGUAUGCAAUGUCUGAAUCUAGCACGGAAUCAGAUACCGAUGAAAUGGUUGAAAUUCGAACACGACAACUUGAGAACCCUUAUUUUAGAUCAUCAGAUCGUAACAGAAUCUGACAACAUGAUGGGGGACGAUAAGCUCCAUCUGGCUGACUUGGUAUCAAAUUAUCCCAACUUGGAGACAUUAUCGAUAAACGGGAUCGACGAGAUGGACGUGAUUUUCACAUCAGUCGCGCCUUUUCCGCGAUUGACCACCAUCUAUGCGACCGAUGCGGGUUUUACGUACGUAGCCGAUUCUCUAUUUCGCGAUUAUAGCGAAUUAAGGGUCGUGCAUCUAGAAGGUAACAAAAUUGAAGAAAUUGAGCUGAGGGGUACUGAAAAUCUCGAGGCGUUGUACCUGGACCGAAAUCCUAUACAGAGUAUAAAUAUCGAUUCGUUCAAUAGAAGUCUACAGGUGUUGUCGUUGUCCGGUUGUCUGUUGAAGCAAAUGAUACCGAUUUCCGUCUCGUCGUUAAUCACGUUAGACCUAUCUUCGAAUCAAAUUACAGACGAAUCGGAACACAGAAACUUGCAAAGCUUACCGUCCCUGGAGAAUCUUAUUUUGAAUUACAACCAAUUAUCCUUGUUCCCGGAUUUCCGGCAUUUCAAACGUCUGAAAGUAUUACUCCUGAGUUACAACCAGAUUUCGACGAUUCCGUACCACGUUGUACCGCACCAGUUGAAGAUUUUGAGUUUAAAAGGAAACCAAUUAAGCGCAAUCGAGACAACGACGUUCUCCAACUUGGAACAGCUCGAGGAAUUGGAUUUGUCGAUGAAUCUGUUGGUAUCGUUGCCUGUCGGCUGGCAGAAGAACUUGAAAAUGUUGCGAUACUUGAACUUGGAGACGAAUAGAUUCACGGCGAUAGAAUAUAUGGAGAUCGGUACGUCGUGGGCUUUGACGGAAUUAUGCGUGAGGAAUAAUGCGAUAAAAGGCAUAGAUUUGAACUCGCUGCAACUUGUGCCGUCGCAGUGCACAGUGUUUCUGUAG